AUGGCCUAUGACCGCUACGUUGCCAUCUGCAAGCCUCUGCACUAUGGGAGCCUCGUGGGCAGCAGAGCUUGUGCCCAGAUGGCAGCAGCUGCCUGGGGCAGUGGCUUUCUCGAUGCUGUCCUGCACACGGCCAACACAUUUUCCCUGCCCCUCUGCCAAGGCAAUGCUGUGGACCAGUUCUUCUGUGAAAUCCCCCAGAUCCUCAAGCUCUCCUGCUCAGAUUCAGACUACCUAAAGGAAGUUAGACUUCUGGUGGUGAGUGCAUGUUUAGCAUUUGGUUGUUUUGUUUUCAUUGUGCUGUCCUAUGUGCAGAUCUUCAGGGCAGUGCUGAGGAUGCCCUCUGAGCAGGGCCAGCACAAAGCCUUUUCCACGUGCCUCCCUCACCUGGCCGUGGUCUCCCUCUUUGUCAGUACUGCCAUACUUGCCUACCUGAAGCCCCCCUCCAUCUCCUCCCCUUCCUUGGACCUGAUGGUGUCAUUCCUGUACUCAGUGGUACCUCCAGCAGUAAACCCGCUCAUCUAUAGCAUGAGGAACCAGGAGCUGAAAGCCACACUGAAGAAACUGAUUCUAGUGGUAAUAUUUACUUAG